AUCCACAAAAAAACGGCGAGUUAGUCAUCAACUCAGCGCGGAUUCCGGUGAACCACCGAACUUCUCACCGGAGCAGCUGCAGUGGAAUCAUGGAAUCGGCCCGGAGUCUGACCGUGACUCGGCGCCGACAGACGCUGGUCGAGCAGCAGGCUUUCAAUAUCUAAAACUUAAAAGGCCGCCUUCCACGAAAUCCCUCUCAUCUCUAAAUCGCUCAUGCACUCGCCAUAAACCCUAGAUUCUUCUCCUUCUCUUCUUUUUUUUUUUGUCGAUUUGAGUUUAGGAUUCAAUUGUUCUAUGUGUAUAUAAGUUGGAACUUCAUGUCGAGUACUUGACCAGAGGUUCAAAGCUACGUCGAUUUCUAGCUUUGGUGAUGCUCUAAUUAUUAGAUUUUUACCGAUUCUCACUUGAAUUCGUGUUGAAAUGAUGUUUUAUCCAGUUGGAAUUGGCUUUGCGUGAGGAAUUUAGAAAAUGAGAGUGUUCGUGGAUGAUGAAUUGGAAGAUAAUGCUAGCUCUUGAAUUUCUAAAUCACGAACAUGAUGCUUCCAGUAGGCGAUAGAAAAUGGAACCUCUUUAAGCAGCUUGGCCAAGAUCUGCAGGGUUGUCUCAGAGAUAAACCGGGCAAGUCUAGAGACUAUUACCGUAGAUGUUACUGUCUAAGAUGCCAUUUUAGGUCCAGACCCCAAUCUUCUGGAACCUAUCCAUGAUCCAUCCCCCACUACCAAGUUUUUUUUUAUUUUUUUUUUAUUUUUAACAAGUAUAAUUUGGAGUAGGUAAAUGGGGAAUUUUAGCAUUAUAGUAUCAUAGCUUGAAUAUUGGUCAUUAGUAAUACAUUAGUUAUACUUAA